AUGUUCUCGCCUCUACCCCUCUCCCAGCCCCACUUCCAGACAUGUGGUCCUUCCGCCUCUACCUCUUCUCUUGCUCCGCGCUCAACUGCACCGACUCACUACGCGCCACACGGCUACUCGGGAGAUGGAUGGCGUCAAAUGCUUCUUCCCAUUCCUUCACACGUAUCCGACCCCUACCAGUUUCUCGACGAGCUCCGCGCCCAGUGGGAAGAGGAGACGCGUAGGCUCAAUUGGAUCAGGAGGGAGAGACAAGAUGGCAGUUCUAUACCGCCGCACAUGGUUGGGAAAUGGGCAAGGAUGCUGGAACUCCCCUGCGAGGUUUGGAGGGGUAUUGCGAGAGAGGUCGUGAGGGAGGGGGAGGGAGCGACUUUGGCCCGCGUCUCCCGUGACUUCCAGCACCUCCUCACUCCACUCCUCCUGGCCUCCCCUCACCUUGCGUCGAGUGGCGACCUCGACUCGCUUCUCCUCUCCCUCACAUCGUCCCCUUCGCGUAUCCUGCUCAUCUCCUCGCUCUCACUGCAGCUCACCUCGAGUGCUGAUUGGGCAAAGGCGGAACAGCUUGGCAACACGCUGAAGGGAGGCGGAGCGGACAUCAAAAGACUGAAGCUGAAGUGUGCAGGCAGUGAUACGGGGAAAGCGAGAGAGCUCUUUGGGUGCUUCAGACCCGAGGAGUUUGAGUGGACCACCUCCCCGUGCUGGCUUAUUCGUCCCUCACGAGCAUUUGCCGACCUCCUCACACCCUGGUGCACCCACUCGUCGACCUCAGCCUCAGCACCACCGCCUUGCUUGCUCACCCUUCGCCUGUCUGGCUUCUUCCUCGACGACCACUUCCUCGAAGCACUACUGGGCCUCGCCUCGUUAGAGAAGCUUGUGCUCUUUGGACGAACAGUGCAGAACAUUCCCAUCGGCGUUCUGCGGGGCUUAUUGGGAGGCUCUGAGUGGGAGGCUACAUGUGAGGCAGAGACGAAAGGUACCUCCCGGAGGCCAGAUCAAGGUCGCCGUCAGCUCCACCUUACUGAGCUGAGCCUCGUCGACUUACCUCGAGGCUCUGCGCAGAGGAUACUCGGCCAGGUAGAGGAUCUGGUCUCGCCCUGCGGGAAAGCAGCGUGGCGUGGUAUUACUCGCGCGUCAUCCAAGGAGGGAAAUGAGGAUGUGAUCCUCAGCAGGGCAUGA